AGGGCUACACGCAGCGGGAGAAGGAGGGGGUAGGAAAUGUGACACACGAAAAAAAAACACGUCAGAAAAACAAGAGUCAUGCUACUGCAGCCAUGGACCUGCGCUCGGAGCUGCUGAAGUCCAUCUGGUACGCGUUCACAGCGCUGGACGUCGAGAAGAGCGGCAAGGUGUCCAAGUCGCAGCUCAAGGUGCUGUCCCACAACCUUUGCACAGUCCUGAGCAUUCCUCAUGACCCAGUGGCCCUUGAGGAGCACUUCAGGGAGGAUGAUGACGGACCCGUGUCCAGCCAGGGCUAUAUGCCUUACCUCAACAAGUACAUCCUGGAUAAGGUGGAAGAGGGGGCCUUUGUGAAAGAGAACUUUGAUGAGCUGUGCUGGACCCUCACGGCCAAGAAAAACUACCAUCCAGAGAAGAAUGGCAAGAACAUCCUGCUCCCAAAAGACGCCUUCCGCCUGUGGUGCCUUUUCAACUUCCUGUCGGAGGACAAGUACCCCCUGGUCAUGGUUUCUGAUGAGGUGGAGUAUUUACUGAAGAAGAUCUGCAUGGCCAUGAAUGUGGAGCUCAACUAUGUGGAGCUGGAGGACUUCAUCUCCCAGGAUGCUGUGCAGCAGAACGGGUUUACUGUCUGGGCCUUCCUGGACAUGAUGAACACCGGGAGGCUCACGAAAGGCAUCAGCAGGGAUUCGGUCAGCAUGGCCAUCGAGGAGGUGUACCGCGAAAUUGUGGGCGAUGUCCUGAAAGAGGGCUACCUGUGGAAGAGAGGACAGCUGCGCAGGAACUGGACGGAGCGCUGGUUCACCCUGAGGCCCAGCACCCUAGCUUACUUCGCCAGCGAAGACCGCAAAGAGCGCAAGGGCAGCAUCAUGCUGGAUGGCAACUGCUGCGUGGAGGUGCUCCCAGACAAAGACGGGAAGAGAUGCAUGUUCUGCUUGAAGACGCUCUCCAAGACGUACGAGAUGAGCGCCUCGGACACCAAGCAGCGGCAGGAGUGGACGGCAGCUAUCCAGACAGCCAUCCGGCUGCACGUGGAGGGUAAGACCUCCCUGCACAAGGACCUGAAGCUGAAGCGGAGGGAGCAGCGAGAGCAGCGGGAGCGACGGCGCAAGGCUAAGGAGGAGGAGUUGCAGCGGCUGCGCGCCCUGCAGGAGGAGAAGGAGCGCAAGCUGGCGGAGCUGGAGCUCCUGAAGGAGGCGCAGCGGCAGGCCCAGGCGUUGCUGGAGCAGGACGAGCUGCGGCGGCGACAGCAGCACGAGCAGAUGCAGCAGGCCCUGGAGGUGCAGCUGCGGGAGGCUGAGGAGGCUCGGGCCAGCAUGCAGGCGGAGAUGGCCCUGAAGGAGGCGGAGGCCGAGCGGCAGAGGAAGCGCAUCCGCGAGCUGGAGGAGAUGCAGCAGCGCCUGGAGGAGGCCCUCAAACUGGAGAUCAGGGCCCGGCAAGACGAAGAGGCCUUCCGAUACACUCAGGCCAGGUUGCUGGCGGAGGAGGAGGAGAAGAUGAAGGCUCUGAUGACACUGCAAGAGGAGCAGGAGGAGUACAUUCUGAAGACCCAGCGUGAGAAGCAGGAGCUUAAGCAGGAGAUGGAGAACAAGACUCGAGCCCUUGAGGAGGCCCAGAGGCAGCUGGAGGAGGUCCGUGCCAACCGGCACAAGGUGGACCAGGAUGUGGUGGUGGCCCAGAGGAAGCUCCGCCAGGCCAGCACCAAUGUGAAGCACUGGAACGUGCAGAUGAACCGGCUGAUGCACCCUAUCGGGCCUGGAGAGAAGAGACCCUCUGUGGGGGGUUUCAACGCCAGCUUCCGCAUCCCGUCCCAGCGAGACCCCGGGCUGCGUCUGCGCCAGAACUCCGAGAACGAGGAGCAGCCGGCGGAGAAGAAGGAGAACGUGGAGAAGAGUGAGAGUGACAAGCGCCUCUCGCAGGCCUCCAACGGGGACAUGGAUAUGUCCUGAGGGCACCGGGGUCGUCUUCCAUACUACCCUGACGCGGGUCUCAGAGGAAGGUCUACAGCAGAUGGACAGCUGGGGGAGCAGCCAAUAAGGAACAACAGGUUGUGUGGGGCCUGUAGGGGGCGUAGUGGUUAAGGAACUAGGCUUUUAGGUUCACAUUUAAAGUGUGAUUGACCCAAAAGGCUUUCCUGAACUAUUGAGCAGUGAAAAUGGUUAAAGUCUUACGAAAUACUGUAGGUCUUAUUGAGUCCAUGCUGGAUGAGACCAAGCGACCCUCAAGUCCAACAUGAAUUCAAACUGGCAAGUUCCUCACUGGCUGCUCCCUGCUGAGGCUGAUUCCCAGAGGUUUGAUCUCUGCCUCUUUCUACAGGACAGAAACCACACACACACACACACACACACACACACACACACACACACACACACACAGAGAGACAGAGAGAGACACCAGUGUGACUUCCUUCUGCGAGGCCACUAUGUCAGCUUGGACAACACGUCCGUCUUGAAGAAGAACAGCACUUCCACACGCGUUCAAUGUUAUGAGUUGUGUUCCUUGACAGUUUCCUUCGUCCUUUUGUCAUUACAUGCGUCUGGUUUGGUGAAUACAGGUUCCCCUUGUGUAACGAGGUUCCUUUUAUGAGAAUUCGAAGUUGUGGUCAAAUGCAAUUUGUACUGUGCCGCCCAACAGGAUGAUAUAAGAAUAAUAAGAUAAAUACUGAUAGGAGAAAGGGGAAAGGAGCAUGCAGAUGUGUUUCAUAUAAGCAGUUUUAAACACAUGUGUCUUAAGUCUGGAUUUAAAGGUGUCCAAAACAGUUCAGAUGUUCUGUGCUUGGUUUAGAGUUCUUUCAUGUUUUCUGAAAAAUAGGCAAACCAUCCAUGCGUGGCUCAGAAGCACGUUAUUUUGUCUUCCUUUUAAGUCAACGGUAAAGAAGUUUGUUUUUGCAGUAAUUCACAUUAUGAGCACAUCUUCAGGAACAAUCUUCAGGAUUUACUCUCAUUAUACAAGGGAAACCUGUACAUAUGAACAAGUUUAUAAAACCUGGCACAAACAUGUGAACAUAAAUAUAUAUAUUAUGUAAUAUUUUUUAAUAGUCUCUUGAUGGAGAAUGUCUAAGGGAGUCUAAACUUGAUUUUUUUCUUUGAAAAACUUUGUAGACCAUUGCUGUUUUUUUAAAUCUUUGCUCAUAAUGCUGUUUUACUGAUGCUAUUUAAAUAAGGGUUGCACUGUACUUCACUGUAAAUCCUUUUUACAAAAUAAUUCUCCCAUUAAACUGAAGAUCAUCUUAA